GCGCCGCGCCGCCUCGGGGCGGGCGAGGGCUCACGGUGCGCCGGCACAAGCAGCGGCAAGAGCGGCGGCAAGAACAGCAGCAAGAGCGGCGGCGCUGCGGUGCGGACGUACCUCGAGGUUCCGAUCGAGGAGAACCCGGUCCUCAAGGCGGUGGGAGGCGCGCGCUGGGACAAGGAGCGCAGGGCGUGGUACGUGCCCGCGCGCACGCCGCUGCUCCCCUUUGUCAAGUGGAUCACCGCCGCCGGCGCGGGCGCGGGCGGCGGCGGCGGUGGCAGGGGCGGCGGCGGCGGUGGCAGGGGCGGCGGCGGGGGUGGCAGGGGAGACGGCGGCGGUGACGGCGGGGCGGGCGCAGAGUACGUCUCCCUCGUUGACGGCGGGCGCGGCGGCGGGCGGAAGAGGGGCGGCGACGGCGGCAACUACGUGCGCGUCUCGAUGAGCG